AUGUCAGAAGAGAACGAUCUAAAUAGUCAACCUCAAGUAAUUGACCAAUUGUUUAAUGACAAUGAUAAUGCCGAUGAUUUCUUUAAUACCAUACAUCAUCAGCAGCCACCACAAGUAGAUGAAACAUCCCAGCAAAUUCAACAAGAUGAAUACCAAAUUGAAGAAAGUAUACCGCAAGAUCAGAAUAAUGAUGAUUUAUUUGGUAAUGAUCAGCUCAAUGAUGAUGCUGACGAUUUCUUCAACAAUCAAAUCAAUAUGAACCAAUCGAUAAACCAAGAUAUUCUGCCAUUGGAUAGAAUAACUGAUGUUACACGUAUUGAUCAUAUUGAAGAGGUUGGACAAAAUCUUGAUGAACAUCAUCAUUCACAAAUACAAGAACCAAUCCCAUCAGUUGAUGAAAAUCCUGUUCAAUCAAAACCUGAGUAUCAAGCAGAUUUGACUACAUCUCAAGAGCAACAUUUUAUUUCAACUGAACAAGAUAUACCAGUUGAUACGCCUAUAGAAUCAAUAAGCCAAGUGCCAAUUGAAUCGACACCUGAACAACCGAUUGAACCGAUUGCACAAUCCGCUACAAGUCCCGUGGCCCAACAAUCAAUUGAAAGUCCAAAGGUAGAUUUAACUCAUGAAAGUCCAAUGGCUCAAUCUACACAGAAUCCAAUUGUACAAGAAUCAGAAGAAGUCCAGGAGGUGCCUGAUUCAAAUAGAGUCGAAUCUCAGUCUUCAAAAUUGGAUGAUUUAUUUGCCGUAGAUGAUGACGAUGAAGAUGGGUUCCUUGAAGAAUUGAAAGCGAGUCAAGUUGAAAAGUCUCAUGAGCAACAACAACAACAACAAGUGGUACAAGAGGAAGACCAACAAGUUGAGGAGUCUGGUGAACGAGCCAAUGUCGAACAAUCAUCAGGUGGUGAUGAAAAAGUUGAAUUUCUUGAAGAAAUCCAACGUGCAAGAGAAGAAGCACCAGUUGUUCAAGAGCAAGCGGAGUCGCCUAUAGUUCAGGUACCUAUUGUUGACGAACCAACUACCAAAGAGCCAGCUGUCGAAGAGCCAGUUGUCGAAGAGCCAGUUGUCGAAGAGCCAGUUGUCGAAAAUCCAGUUGUCGAAGAACCAGUUGUCGAAGAGCCAGUUGUCGAAAAUCCAGUUGUCGAAGAACCAGUUGUCGAAGAGCCAGUUGUCGAAAAUCCAGUUGUCGAAGAACCAGUUGUCGAAAAUCCAGUUGAGAAAUCAGUUGAACAGCUAAACCCAGAAAUACCUUCAAAAGAACAACCUAAAUCCAACUUGUUUGCUGACGAUAAGGUUGAUUUCUUUAGUGAAUUAAAACCAGUAACACCACCACAGGAACAAGAACCAGAUCCUCUUGACAAAUUGGCAUCCUUGGAUUUAGAUGAUGAUUUGUUAUUGGAUGAGGAGUUUUUAGAUGAGGAGUUUUUAAACGAACCUGUUAGUGAACUCCCACAACUACAAGUCCCACAACUACAAGUUCCACAACAAAACCUUCAACCACAGCCACAAGUUGAACCUCGUAUGCGUAAGAAAUCGUAUGUUCCUGUUGGGCCAAUGAAACUGCCUAUCUAUACUCCGCCGUCUGCUUCUGCAAAACUCGCGCAAUCAAAUGAUUUUGUUAAAAAUUUGGAGCAAUCCAAAAAGAAGCAUGAUGCAUAUGAUUUUCCAGAUGAAUUAAUGGUCAAUACUACAAGACCUUCACUUAGACAUAAUGCUUCUACAUCAUCUGCGUCUGUUAGAUAUGGCCCACCUUCAGGACAUCAAUCGGCAUCUUCAAUAUCACCUUCAGGACCGUUAGCACCACCUUCUGCUAAUGUUUCAGGUGAAUUGAAAACUAUCUCACUGGCACCACAUGCUCCAUCCACAGAAAAUGCUCCUAAAAAAUCGUUUUUUGUUGAAUUCCCAGAUGAAGAUAUUCCUAAAGCAAGACGUCCUGUCAGAGCAGCUCCAGUUAAGGCAGUUAACCAGAUUCAUUCUCCAAAAGUAUUGAAUCAGCAGCUCCAACAACUUCAACAGGUGCCACCAUCAGUGCCUCCUAAAACCACUAAAACUCCACCCGUGAAUCCAUAUAAACCUAAAUCUGGAACCUCGCCAAUUUUGCAACAACAUGUUCCAAUUAUUCAUCAAAGUGGUAUUGCAGCUCCUCCAAGUGCAAUUGGUUCCAGUACAUAUGCACCACCUCAACAACCACCUGUUGCAGGUAGUGCACCUCCUCCUCCUCCGCCUGCUGCUGCUGUGCCUCAGGCUUAUUCCUUCCCACAACAGCCACAACAACAACAACAACAACAUCCAGUUGCAGCACCACCUCAACAACAACUACCAGCAGCACCACCUCAACCACCACAGCAGCAAUAUGCGCCACAACCAAAUAAUGCUUAUGCUCCUGCUCCACCUCCAACUCAAACUCAACAGCCAAUAUCCCCUGUUAAUGUAUAUGCACAACCACCUACUAGUUUGCAGCCAUUAUCGCAUGCUAGUCAAUCACCAGUUUUACGUAAUCGUCAACCUUCAAUCAAUACCAAUGUUGGUAAAGCACCAUCUCAAAAUAGUCCAUAUGUUCCAAAUGCAGGACCCUAUGCACCACUGAAUCAACAUAAUAGAACUCAUUCAAGAACAAAUUCAUUAGUUGGAGGUAAAGGCAAGGAAGUUAAUCCUUAUGUCCCUGCAUUACAAACAGUUGUUAGUAGUGAACAUACACCGCAGCAAACAAUUUCACCAACUGGCAUGAUUCCACCACCAGCAAGAACUCGUGGAUUUUCUAAUGCAAAGAGUACAGGUGGCAACAUUUAUAAAGCUGCUCCGAAAGUUGUUAAUCCUGAGCAAUUAAAUUUUAGACAAUUUCCAAUUUUCAGUUCAAGUGUGGGAACUAAAUGUGUCACAGUUAUUCCAAAUGCUAUGUAUAAUAACCAAGUUCCAAAUAUUGUUGUUCAACCAAUUUCUAAUAUUUUGAAAGAUAAAGAAAUUUAUGCUGAAUUCCCAGGUCCUUUGAUCAAAGGAAAAUCUAAAAAGAAAGAUAUUGAAAAAUGGUUAGAGUUGAGUUCAAAUUAUUUAAGAAAUUCAAGUAAGUUUGAUGAAUUGUUAUUAAAUGAUAUUUUAUUACACUUGAUUAAAAAUGAUGGGGAUGUUCAUAAUAAAGAAUUUUUACGUGAUGCCUGUAAAUUGUUGAAUCCAAAUAUUAAUUUCGAAGCUUCUGAAGUAAUUUCAAAUUUCACUGGUAUUGUGGGGGCCACUAAUGCACAUAAAUUAGAUAAUUCUGGAAUUAAUACUGUAUUUUCAUUAAUCCAAACAGGUAAUUUAUCUAAAGCUUGUGAAUAUUGUAUUUCAAGAGGUGAUUGGGCAUUGGCUUUAAUAGUCAGUGGACCAGACAAUUUUGCGAGAGUAGCCGCAGAAUAUGCCAGAAAUACAUUCCCAUUUGUUAAAACUAAUAACAAGGUAAUGCACAUAAUGCCAAUUAUUUUAAAAGUUUUUGCUGGCAAUGUUUCAAGUAUAAUUGAAGAUUUAAAAGCGGUGCCAACUGAAGGAGAAUAUGCUAAUUUACACUGGCGAGAAAUUAUUGCUUCUGUGGCAAUUAGUGGAACUUUAAAAGCAGGUGAAUUUUUAGUUGAAUUUGGUAGAUUUUUGCAAAGUCAUGGUAAUUUGAUUGGAAGUGAAUUAUCAUUUAUUAUGGCAGGAUUACCGUUUAAUAAUACCAACUUUAUGGUUUUAAUUUCUGGUCAUAACUCCAUGUACACUGAAGUAUAUGAAUAUGCUAUUUCAUUAGGUAAACCAUUAUUUUUCCCUCAUUUGCUUGCUGCUAAAUUAAAACAUGCUUCUACAUUGGCAGAUUAUGGAUUAAUUAAUGAAUCGCAAAGAUAUAUUGAUUAUAUUAAUUCAAGCAUUAAAUCGUUAGGUAAUAAAUCACCAUUCAUAACACCAAGUUUAGUUCAUGAAUUCCAAAAUUUGAUUAUGAGAUUAACAGAGGCAGGUAGUGGAGAUCAAGGCAAUUGGUUUAGCGGUACGAUUAGUAAAGUAAAUCUUGAUAAAAUUUGGGGACAAAUUGAUAAAUUUAUAGUAGGAGGGGAAGAUUCUCAACAAUCUGGAAAUCCACAACUGAAAUCAGGUAAAGUUGAUAAUGGAGCUUUUAGAAAUUUCAGUCCUUCAAUUUCAAGAACUGCAUCAAGUAUCAAUUUACCAAGUGUCAAUAAUACUCCUGCUGCUGCCAUUAGAGGACCAAUACUUGAAAGAAAACCAACUACUGGAUCAAUGGUUCCACCACAAUUGGCACCACCGCAAUUGAUUGCUCGUGGGUCAACUAAUUCAGUGAACAAAUAUUCACCAGGAGUUGCCAACAUUGAUAAAUAUGCACCAAGUCCAAAACAAAGUUCUGCAUUUCUUCAAGAUCAUGUUAAUACAUCAGGAUUAGCAUAUAAUCAAUCUCCAAUGCCACCUUAUUUACCAAGUAAUUCUCAGGUUGGAGAGUCUCCAAGUACUCAAAGAUAUGACCCACCAGGAGCAGGAAAUAAUAAAAUUUAUGGUUACCAAAUAGGUGCACAGAAUUCUACUUCCUCAGUUGCAUCAAUUGGAAAUAUCAACAAUAACAUGCACAGCUCUCAUCAAUAUCAUCAUCAUCAUCAUAAUAAUAAUAAUAAUAAUAAUCAACAACCACCAUCUGGUAGUGGAAAUCAAUAUACACCGGGCCAUAAGAAACAAUUCUCUGGAUCAAGUAUUGUUUCAGGCGAAGGAUUGGGAAUUGAUUUUAGUAAAAAUGGAGAUGACAAAGAGGUCAAUCAACCACAACAAGAAAUUCCACCACCUAUCUCGUCAGGUGCUAUUGUUCAACCAAAUGGCUCACCUAUUCUUCAAAAGAAAGCUUUUCCACCACCACCACCACCAUUAGGUCAACAGCAACAACAACAAGAAGAUUCUAGAAAAUCAUCAACUAUUAGUAAUUUUGUGCCUUCAUCACGACCAUCAAUUAGUUCAAGAAGAAGUUAUGCACCACCACCAGUGGCUGUUCAACCAAAUGAAUUAGUUUCUUUGAUACCUUCAGUUGAACAAGAAAUUCCAGAUAUUUUAGAACCAGUUGAGGAUCAUGCACAAUUAGAUGAUGAAAUUCCAGGUCCUCCACCACCUUCAUCGGAACCGAUUAUUGAUGUACCAAUUCAAGAGGAGCAGAAACAAGAUGUCAUCCAAGAAUCAAUGUCUGCACCUCAAGAAUCCGCUUUUAAUGAAGAAGAGCAAAGACGACCAAGUGAUGUACCACCACAAUCUGUAUCUGCGCCACCACAACAACCAAUCCAUGAAGUUGAAAGACACGAAGAACCGGAAGUGGAAGACGAGCAAACUGAUAAUGCUGAGGUACCUGCACCACCUCCGCCUCCACCAGUUGUUUCUGGACCACCACCUAGAAGAGCUAGUAAACUCUCAUCCAGGCCAAAUCCAUAUGCCCCAGGUGGUUCAAGCAGUAGUAUUGGAAGUGGACCUAAAUCCAACUCAAAGAGAAAUAAAUACGGACCACCACCAGGAGUUAAGAAUGAUCCACCAGCUGAAUUAACCCCUGAUAUGAACCAAUUUGGAGGUAAUUUGGAUUCCGUUAGUAUGUUUUCAUAUGGUGGAUAUAGUGAACCGGCACCAGUACCAGCAAUAGCAACAGAAGGCAAAGAUAUGAAACAAGAAGAUGAGGUUAAUCCAGAAUUGAAUGUUGUUGAAUCCAAGAAACAUGAUAAACGUACUAGCAAUGUUGAUGAUUCAUAUGAUGAAGGUGAAGAUGAAUAUCCUAGAUAUGAUGCAAUGAAAACAGUUACUAAUGAUAGUUCAACUCCAUUGAUUUUGAAUCAAGGUAAUAUUACUCCUAAUAUUUCAAUGUUAUCUACACCAAAGAAUUCAACACAAUUUCAAGCACAACAUCAUACAAUUGAAGGAUUCCCUAUUCCUGGAUCACCAGAUGAUACAACUAGACCAAAUUCUAUUAUGGGUAAUUCAAGAGGAGGAAUACAUAAAGGAUUUUUCAGUAGUAGGUUAUCUGAAUCACAAAGUGUAUUAUAUCAACAAUAUGCGGUUGCAGAUGAUACAGUUGGAGAUUAUAUCCCUACAGUUGAAGAAGAAGACGAAGAUGAAGAGGAUUACGAAGAAGGUGAAGAUAGCUAUUCCAGAAGACAGAUUCAACAACAAAAAGAAGCUGAGGAAAGAGAAAGAAAGAGACAACAAGAGAAAGAAGAAGAAGAAGAAGAAAGAAGAAAAAAACAAGAAGCGGAGGAAGAGGCUAAACGUAAAAAACAAGAAGAAGAUGAAGCUAAACGUAAAAAGCAACAAGAACAAGGAAAGAGAACUUCAUUAUUCUCAAUAUUUGGAAGUGGUAAGAAACAAUCAGGAACAGGAGAAGGAGAGAAGCAAGUAUAUAAAGCUCAUUUGGGACAGAAAAAUACAUUUGUUUAUGAUGAAAAAUUGAAAAGAUGGGUUGAUAAAAGUAAACCAUUAGAAGAACAAUUGGCAGCAAGUGCACCACCUCCACCACCUCCAAAAAUGUCCAAAAAGCCAACUCCAACUUCUAAUUCUGCAGCACCACCACUUCCACCAAUGGGUUCAGGAGGUGCGGCACCACCAUUAACAUCAUCUUCAUCACCUUCUAUUGGUGGACCUCCAUUACCUAGAAAGAAUAACAAUAGUGUUAAACCCAAAAAGAGUUUAGCAAAUGCCGGGUUAGAUGAUUUAUUAUCAUUAACAGAAGAUGGUAAUCUUCAAUCUGGAAGUAACAGUAGAGCAAGCGGAGCAGGAAAUAGAAGAAAUAAAAGAAGAGGAUAUGUUAAUGUGAUGGAGAAGUAG